AUGGCGAAAAGAAAAAUGAAACUGAAGGACGCUCUCGCUGCAGAUCAAAUUAAAAGAACGAAGCUUGCUCACGUUCAAAAGGUCAAGGCAAUCAAGGAAGCACAACAGCAGAGUCAUAAGCUGAAGCUAAAUCGAAAGCGUAACUCAGGUCACUCAACAUCAAAGCAAUCACAGGCGAUAUCUGAAGAAGGUGUCCAUGAGGCGCAUCCUUCUGCGCCAAUUCAAACUCAACCGCUUUCGAACAUUUCAGAUGAGGGUGUCCCCAGUAUCGGGUGCGAGGAUUCUUCGGCGCUGGUACCUACUGAUGAUCGACCCAUAACACUGCCCUUCGACCAGUCUGCGCCUGAUACCGACCUCAGAAAUGACCCAGGAAAUUCCUCGCAUCGGGAAAAGCGCCGCCGAGCGACUCCUUCAACAUGUAUGGUAGGGCCACGAGACCAGGUACUCUUGAUUGGUGAAGGUCAUCUGCUUACGGCCACGACCAUCGAUUCUGAAGAAAUCGUCUUACAAAAAUAUCCAGAUGCAGCUGAAUUUAUUCAAACACUCAAAAAGCAUGGCGUGAAUGUUUUAUUCAAGUUAGAUGCAUGUAAUUUACAUAAAGAUAAACGUGUUAAGAAUUGUAAAUUUGAUCGGGUGGUCUUUAAUUUCCCUCAUAUGGGUUCGGGUGAAGCUGAUAUGAACAGAAACAUCAAGUCAAAUCAGAUCUUGAUCUUGAAGUUUUUAAGAUCAGUCAAUCAUAUUCUACGUCAGAUGAGCGAAGAUGAUUACCCUCUGGUAGUAGAUUCUAGCGAUUCAGACAGCAAUGAGGUCCGCAAGGCGAUUCGACCAGUUGCACGUCAGAGUACGGUCUUGAUCACCCUCCGGAAUUGUUCGCCAUAUUCGCUUUGGGAGCUUCCUAAACUUGCAAAGCAUGGACCUGCGAUGGCUCAUUCAAUUCUUUACCCAACACAUCCUGCCCUCAAUAAUCCCAAGACACCUCAGCCCACCUACAAAGUUUCUCGAUCAAGAGAAUUCUGUCCAAGUCAUUAUCCAGGUUAUGAACAUAGGAGAACCCAAGGUUUCCAACCUGGUCGAAGUACACCUGGUAGUCUUGAUGUACUUUUACCAGCCAAAUUAAGGGAUCAAAAUAAAACUGGUCAUGUACCUGAGGAAUCGAAAGCAAGGACUUGGGAACUUGAGCUGGUAACACCACAAUGA